AUGGUGGCUAUGAAUGUGGUGAGUCGAAGUUACAGAGGGUUAUAGAUGAGGGUAUAAAAUGAUGACAAAAGGAACUACAAGGAUCCAAGCCAACCAUAUAUAGUUUUAAGAAAGUCCAAGUGCCGUCUAAAUCUCUUUAUUUCAGUCUGUCGGGAAAAUAAUAAGCAUUCUGUCGCAUCAAAAAUCGCAUUGCUGCCGAGGAAGUUACUUGUGUGCACGGAAAAAACAAGUUGCUUUUCAAUUCAGCGACACAAAUCGCGCAGCGACAAUGUGCUCAUUAUUUUCUCGACAGCCUGAUAGUUACAAACGAGCAAAAUUACUGUUACAGUAAUCCAAAAAAUCAAAGACAGUUUUAAAAUUAUCCAAAUGUCUCUUCCAGGUUGCGGACAGUGAAUCCGCCAUUCCUCGGCCGAAAUCCGAGCCGAAACUCGGCGGAUUUAUCUACCUGCUCGCCACAAUGGCCGUAAUUGGCGGCUUUCUUUUUGGCUAUGAUACUGGAAUCGUCUCGGCCGCUAUGCUCUACGUUCCCAAGAACCACGAUCUGCGGCCCAUGGACACGCUGUGGACCGAGCUGAUCGUCUCCAUUACGCCCGGCUGCGCUGGGAUCAGCGCGCUUUUUGCCGGAAAGUCCUCGGACGUGUUUGGACGGCGGAAAAUGAUUGUGUUGUCCAGUGUCAUCUUCGUUGUUGGCGCGUUGAUUUGCGCUAUCGGGCUAGACAAGUGGAUCCUUUUGGUGGGGCGCAUUUUGCUCGGUGUGGCCAUCGGAAUCGCCUCGAUGAUUGUGCCGAUUUACGUGGGAGAAGCGUCGCCCGCCCACAUCAGAGGACGUCUGUUGACGGGCUUCCAACUGAUGAUCACGUUCGGUUUGAUGGCAGCGAACCUAAUUGCCGGAGGCUUUUCCUACAUUGAUCCGGAGAACGUUGGCUGGCGAUUGAUGUUCGGGUUUGCGGCAGUGCCGGCGGCAAUUCAGUUCAUUGGAUUCUUGUUCCUGCCCGAGAGCCCGCGAUGGCUUUGGGAGAACAGAACGGAGGCCGAAACUCGUGACGUCCUGAACAAAAUCUACAACGGAGAUACGACUUGGGUGGAGUAUGAGCUGGAGGAGAUCCGGGCCAGCAACGAGCAGGAAAAGAAGUCGCACGAAGAGCACGGCGAGGGCUCGGUUUUGGGACGAAUCUGGCAAACUCCUCAUGUCCGGAAGGCCCUGAUUAUCGGGUCGGCGCUCCAGGCGUUCCAACAACUCUCCGGAGUCAACACGAUCAUGUAUUACACGGGCACGAUCAUUCGAUCCGCCGGAAUCAGAGAUAAUCACAACACAAUCUGGAUGUCUAAUGCCACGUCGGCUUUUAACUUCUUCUGCACGUUCAUUCCAAUGUACUUGGUGGAGCGAUUGGGAAGACGGAUUCUGUUGCUCGGCUCCAUUGUCGGCGUGAUUAUUUCGCUGUGCUUGUUGGGUGGGUCGUUCUACAUGAUCAAUUCGGACUCGGCAAGGACGGUGGAGUUCACUGGAGCCGGAAAUGACUCCUUGGCGCUGCAUUGUGCAAAGUUAUCGUAAGUCUACGGUGUUUACUCAUCUUUGGAGUCGUCGUGAGAUAUCGUGGCUAUAGCAGCAAGAGAGAAUACAGUAGCGGACGUGAUUCAGUGGCAAAAAACGUUCCGUUUUGCUUCCGUGAAGUAUCAAAAAAUGUGGCAAAAUACCUCCCUCUCCAAGUGAAAAAAAUGUUUCAAAGAGCCGCCCGCUUUUUUAGCGAAGGAAAUUGCGCGUCCUUCAAACCGGAGUUUUUUUUGGUUGGAGAGGGAGGUAUUUUGCUGCAUUUUUUAUGCUUCCCGGAUGCAAAAUGGAACAUUUUCUGCCACAGGAUCAGGCCCGUCAAUGCAUGGCCAAAAAAUUUUUUUUCGAUUUCAGCAACUGUGACUUCUGCGUGACCGAUGAGCUUUGCGGAUUCUGCGCUCCAGAGGACGAUCACAACGCCAAAGGGUAUUGUCUACCGGCGCACGAGACGAAGAAAGAGGACCGCUCCGCGAUUGGAAUAUGCUCUUCGGAGGGGAUUGAGAAUCUUCAUAACACAACGAUUGAUGGAAAGGAGGUCACAUACGAAUGGGCUGAUGUUUAUUGUCACACUUCGUAUACGGUGUUGCCCAUCAUCUUGAUGGUCGUGUAUUUGUGCUGUUUCAGUACUGGUGCGUUUUCUGUUUAUGUUUUAUUUGCCUUAUGACAUCUCAGACCUCUGUAGAAAUACUUUCAAGCGAGCAAGAAUUUAUUCGUUAUAGAGAGGAUUUGUUGUUUGAAGGUUGAUUUUUGCCUCAAAAUUGGCCUUCGAAACCUCUGAAAUUGUUCGUUAUAGACAGCCUUCCUUCUAUAGAGGCUCUGUUGUAUAACUAUAUGUAUGUCGGGAAAAUAAUGAGCACAAUGUUGCUGCGCCAAUCGCGUCGCUGAAGUGAAAAGCAAUUUGGUUUUGUCACGAUACAAUUUAUUUUCUCGGCGGUGAUGCGAUUUUCGGUGCGAAAUAGCGCUCUUACUUAAAAAAAAUUACGUCGCAUUUUCAAGGCUAUGCCCCUCUUCCUUGGGUCCUAAACGCCGAGUUCUACCCGUUGUGGGCCAGAGGUCAAUGCGUAUCAAUUACGACAUGUGUAAAUUGGAUGUUCAACCUGCUCAUUUCAUUGACCUUCUUGUCUCUGGGACAGGCUGUUACCAAGUUCGGUGAGUAACCAUGGUACAGUGGGGGACCUGAUCCAGUGGCAAAAAAUCUACCAUUUUGCAUCCGGGAAGUGUCAAAAAUGUGGCAAAAUGCUUCCCUCUCCAAGGGAAAAAACUGCGAUUUGAAUAGCCCGCUCUUAGGGAAUAGGGGCGCCAUUCAAAACGAAGUUUUUUCACUUGGAGAGAGAAGCAUUUUGCCACAUUUUUGAUGCUUCCCGGAUGCAAAAUGGAACGUUUUUUGCCACUGGAUCAUCUCCGUCACUGUAGCUGUGGCAGUUGGUACUACAUACACUUUAAAAAGACAUUUUUUGUCUCCGAACUUUUGUCAUUCUUAAUUUUUCAGGAGUCUUCUUCCUCUACGCCGCCAUAACUCUCAUAGGCCUCAUCAUUUUCUACUUUGUUGUCCCCGAGACUCGUGGCUGCUCCCUGGACGAGGUGGAGAUGUUGUUCAUGACCAAAGACGUUCGUGAGCGGAAACGAGAGGACCUACGGAAACGCCAACUCUCUCACGUUGACAUGGGUCUCACCAAAGAGCAAUUUUAA